AUGCAUCGAAAGGGAAUUUUUGCUCUGGGAUUGUUCCCAACUCUGCUGUCCGCCCGCGAGCUGCAUUCUCGCCGAAGCGUGAUCUGCAGCUUCUCUACGGCCGCUAGCAACGGAAACACUUGUCAAUCCUUUGCUGGGGCAUGGGGUCUCACCCUUGACCAGUUCGUGUCGUUGAAUCCUGGACUCAGUUGUCCUAACCUUGUAGCUGGUCACAGCUACUGUGUGGUUGGCACCGUCUCGACGGUCACUACGACCUCGACUACUUCCAGCUCCACGCCUCCAGUCACAACCUCAACCACUUUAAGUGAUUCCACAAAAACAGCUUCAACAACAACUGCAGCGAAACCAGGCAACGGCAUCACCACUCCAACUCCAAUACAGCCUGACAUGGUUUCCAACUGCGAUGCAUUUUAUUUCGUCAAGAAGGGUGACACCUGUACAAAGAUAGCCUCGCAGUAUAAAUUAAGCCUCUCAGACUUCCAAACUUGGAACCCCAAAGUUGGCAGCGAUUGCACUGGACUCUGGGCUAAUACUUAUGCCUGCGUCUCGGUAAUUGGCUAUAGUCCCCCGCCUACAUCGACAUUGUCGUCGGGCAACGGCAUUCAAACGCCAACGCCAACGCAGCCGGGUAUAGUCAAUAACUGUGCCAAGUUCCAGUUUAUCCAGAAUGGCGACACAUGCGCUAACGUUGCUUCCAAGAAUGGUAUUUCUUUAGAGCGGUUUCUCCAGUGGAAUCCACAGGCAGGUAGCGAUUGCGCGGGGCUAUGGGCGAAUGCCUACGCCUGCGUCGGUAUUAUCUCCUACUCCCUUAAGUCCUAUUACCACACAGACUGCACUGGCGACGUGCACAACACUGUCAGUAUUGUUGAUGGGAGUAACGGCAUGUGCAUAGAUACGGGCUGCGCCGUAGGGUCUGUAGAUGUUGCUCUGGGUGGCCUAUGCCCCAGAGGUCAAGUGCAACUUAGCUAUUGGGAGAAUCCAGGGUGUAUUGGCAAGUGGUUUGGCUAUGGCUAUAUGAGCAGAGGGCAAUGCCACAAGAUGUGGACGGAAGGCUGGAAGUUCAAAUCGCUGCAUUUGAGGUGCACGAGAGAACAGGACGACUGUGUGAACCAGAAGACCUGUACUUACGACCCAGAACCACCCAACAAUUUGUGUUGA